AUGGGCUUAGAAUUAGUUUACGCAAUUCAUCCAUUUGAGGCCGAAAAUGAUGAUGAAAUUGCUUUUGAAUUUGGAGAGCCCAUUACAGUUUUGGAAAAAGAUGAAAUGUAUGGAGAUGGUUGGUGGCAGGGAGAAAAUAUUCAUGGAAAAAUUGGACUUUUUCCCAUGACUUACACUAGUUACAUUAAUCCUUUAACAUCAUCUGAAACCGAAAAAGACGAAACAAUUGAUGAUAUACAUGACAAAUUGCAAAAAAUGGGUAUAAAGAAUGAAGAAAAUGAUCAAUUCCAAAUUGAAUCAAUUGAAUUACAACAGUCGCAAUUACAAGCGUUGUCAUCUAAAAAUGUCAGAAAUGGCAAAUUAUUAAUUUCACCAUCAUCAGGAUCUAAUAGUAGUAAUAAUAGUAGUCGGAUAUCUUCAUUGAGACGAUCACAACGACAAUCUUCGGAGAAUAAUACAAAUAAAUUUGGUUCACAUUCCUCUUCUUCACAAAUUCAAAUUGGUCCAGUAGCGCCAUCUCCCACAGAAUUAAUCAUAUCAGCUCCUACAGAAUUAAUUGUAUCAUCAUCAUCUGAAACAAUAGAAAAUUCACAAGCUGAAUUUGAUUCAUCUACUAUUAAUAAUUUUGAAUAUCAUCCAUUAAAUUGGGAUGUUCGAAAAGUUUGCUCAUGGUUAGAAGAAAAAGGAUUUAAAAAUGAAAUAACCAAUUUUAUUGAAAAUGAUAUCACGGGUGAUGUCCUUUUACAACUUGAUUUAUAUACACUUAAAGAGUUAAAUAUUAAUUCUUUUGGGAAGAGAAUGCAUAUAAUGAAUGCAAUAAAUGAAUUGAAAUCCCAAUUUUCUAUGGCUGAGGAACCAGGACCGGAUGAUGAUGUUUCAGAUAUAGAAGAGCGUAGUGAAAGAGUAAUUUCACCAGUUGCACGUUCCGAGCCAUGUCAAAUAUACCCACAAAAUUUGGGUUAUAAUAAUUAUUUAACAAGUAGCAAUAUUGCAUCUAUGAAUAAAGUGGGAGAUCUUAAUCAUGAAUAUCUUAGGAAUGAUGUUGAUAACUUGAAAAACAUUAAAAAUAAUUAUACAUUCCCAUCUUACUUUUCUAACCCUCUGAAAUUAGAUUUUGCAGAAGAUUCAAAUAUUGAUAUUGUCAAUAAAAAAUCACGAAAAAUAUUUCCAAAGUGGAAUAAUAGUUCUACAGAAAAUCAAACAGGAGUGUUCAAACGUUAUUCAGGUAGCAAUGAAAGGCGGAAUACUUCUGGAAAACAAAUUGGAAAAGAACAAACAACUGAAAAUUUAAUUUAUAUUAAUGAAGAAAUAAUGGGAGCUAUUGGAGAGCCAGAUUAUGAAGGAUGGCUCAAAAAACAAGGAACCAAGUAUAAGACAUGGAAGUCACGUUAUUGCAUCUUGAAAGGCGCAGAUUUUUAUUAUUUCAAGUCAAAUAAAGAUGUAAAUAGUCCAAAAAUUAAAGGACACAUAGAUCUUACGGGAUAUCGUAUAAUUCCUGAUGAAAACAUUUUACAUGGAAAAUAUGGAUUUAAAUUGACUCAUAAUUCAAUGCGAACGCAUUAUUUUGCACAUGAAGAUGUUGAAAAGAUGAGAGGAUGGAUGAAGGCGAUGAUGAAAGCCACGAUUUUAAGGAAUAAUGAAGCACCCGUAAUAAGUUCAAGCAAUAUUAAUACGGUAUCACUCGUAGAAGCAUUUCAGAUGGCCCCAAGACCACCACAACCUAGAAGACCAUCGAUAUCCGCAGUAGCAUCAUUAGCAAAAAUCUCGUCAACACCAACAUCUUAUACCAAGUCAUCUACUAUGGGACCACUAGAACCUUUAGUUAAGAAUAAAAUCAUCUCACCAAAAAUACGACCACAAAUCAAUAAUAAUAAAAAAUUUUAA